UUGUUCGCCAAGGUGGUCAAUGGCUAUAUGACGACUGCUCUCGUCAUUUUGGGCACUAUUGGAAAUAUACACGGAGUGAAACGAGUUCAGGUGACGAAUCUUGACAAGAGACGAGGAAUCGUACUAGCCGUCUCGCUGAUAGCGCUCGCCAUUUGGGAUACAAUUCUUCUAUGGUGUGCCUUCUUCUAUUAUGCGAUUCGGAAGUUACCGAUCGCAGUCAGCACUGACUGGCUGAAUAUACUGAUGCCAUGGUUUCACCCGUUCUCCAAUAUUGCCAACACUGCAGCGGUAAAUGAUUGCUACUCAUUCGACUACUCCUAUUGCAUCUACAACAUAACUGAUUGUAAGCUAAUCCGCACAAAGAUGCAAAGUAGUAAUGAGCAGUUCUUUGAAAGAAAAACAGAUAAACUUUUGGUAUAG